AAAAAAAAAAAAACCUCCGGGGCUUGUCAUGGAGUUUGUUUGAAGGAAACGCGGAUUUCCACCCUUCUUUACCAGUUAAACCAGUAUCUCUGGAUAGAACACCCUCAAGUACAGCAACAGUUUUUACCCUUGUGGUCCCUGAUGGCUUCGCACAGUGAUACUCUGGUGGUGUUCUUUGGGGCAACAGCUGGUGCAAAUGGGGGUAAACUGGGUUCGGAUGAGAGGGAAAUAAUUCUCUUGGUGUGGCAAAUUGUGGAUCUACAUGAGAAAAAGGUUGGGAAGCUUCAUAAAUGUUUUGUCAAGCCGGACACUUUGGAGCUGACAGACCAGUGUAAAGAAGAAACUGGGCUGACAUUGGAGGAUGUCGUUAAUGCCGAGCCCCUGGACAAGGUUCUCCAACAGUUUCAGCAGUCGGUGUCAUCAGAAGUAAAAGACCUCGGCAGAAGUUCGUACACACUCUUAGUGGACGGUCCUCACGUCAUUCGACAGGCUCUCCACCCAGAAGCCUCCAAGAAGAAUCUUGUGCUACCUGAGUGCUUCUUUUCAUUUGUGGACGUGCGGAAAGAGUUUCACAAAUGCUGCCCAAAUGCCGACUCUACGCAGAAGCUCACACUCGCAUCCAUGUUGGACUAUGUUGGUCUCCCUGCGGUUUCAGAGCAGAUGAUAGGUGCGAGGGAGGUUAGCAGCAUGGUGACGCUGACCCUCUGCAUCCUGGCUGAGCCAUACAAUCACACAUUCUCCUGUGUGGAAACUGUGAACUACAAGUUUGACUCUGGUACAUGCAGUAAGACGGAGCCGGUGGACAGCGAGAUGGUGAUUAGAGCCAGGGGGCUUCCAUGGCAGUCCUCAGACCAGGAUAUUGCUCGCUUCUUUAAGGGACUCAAUAUCGCUAAGGGCGGCGUGGCCCUCUGCCUGAACGCUCAGGGCCGGAGGAACGGGGAAGCAUUGGUUCGUUUCAUCAACUCCGAGCACAGGGACCUGGCUCUGGAGCGCCACAAACAUCACAUGGGCAGCCGAUACAUCGAAGUCUACAAAGCCACAGGAGAGGAGUUUCUCAAGAUUGCUGGAGGUACAUCCAAUGAGGUGGCCCAGUUCCUGUCUAAAGAGAACCAGGUGAUUAUACGAAUGCGCGGGUUACCGUUCACUGCAACAACGCAGGAAGUGCUGUCCUUCCUCGGUCCUGAGAGUCCCGUCACGGACGGCGCGGAGGGUCUGCUCUUUGUCAAGUACCCCGACGGACGGCCCACCGGUGACGCCUUCGUGCUUUUCUCCUGCGAGGAAUACGCUCAGAACGCUCUGAAGAAGCACAAGCAGAUCCUGGGAAAGCGCUAUAUAGAGUUGUUUCGGAGCACCGCCGCUGAGGUGCAACAGGUUCUGAAUCGUUAUAUGUCCACACCUCUGAUCUCCACGCUGCCCCCUUCACCCAUCGUACCUGUGCCGGUGCUCACAACGCCUCCCUUCCUGCCUGCGGCCAGCAGCACCCGCGACUGCGUGCGCCUCCGCGGCCUCCCGUACACCGCCGGCAUCGAGGACAUCCUGGAGUUCAUGGGCGAGCAUACCGUGGACAUCAAGCCUCACGGAGUCCACAUGGUCCUUAACCAGCAGGGCCGACCCUCUGGGGAUGCCUUCAUCCAAAUGAAGUCACCUGACAAGGCCUUCUUGGUGGCCCAGAAGUGCCACAAGAAGACGAUGAAGGACCGCUACGUGGAGGUCUUCCAGUGCUCCACGGAGGAGAUGAGCAUAGUUCUGAUGGGAGGAACGCUGAACCGCAGCGGCCUCUCUCCUCCACCCUGCAAACUUCCCUGUCUGUCGCCUCCCACGGCGUAUGCGGCCUUCCCCACCCCGCCUGCCAUCCUCUCUGAGGCUGCCCUGUACCAGCCCCCCCUGCUGGCUGCUCCCAGACCUCCUCAGACCAGCAUGCACAGCCCUGCCCACACUCUGGCCUACUAUCCGCCUCAGCCACAUCUCUAUAUGAACAUGAAUAUGAACUACACUGCCUACUACCCCAGCCCCCCAGUCUCUCCCUCCACAGUCGGCUACUUCGCAGCUCCACCAGGAGCCAUGGCGGCUGCAGUCGCGGCUCAGGCACACCCCGCUGCAGCCACCGCCUCCUCCGUGCUGCCUCAGCCCGGUGCGCUGGUCAGGAUGCAGGGUCUACCAUACAACACCGGAGUCAAAGACAUCCUCAGCUUCUUCCAGGGAUAUCAGUACGCCCCUGAAGAGUACAGCGGCAUGGUUCAGAUGAACGAACAGGCCAGGAGUCUGAUUCAGCCCAAAGAAUGGCUCUGCCUUUAGGGACUCGCCCCAAGCUCCAGGCAGAUGCCGUGCUUAUCUUGUAUAACUUUAGUGGUCAGUGCAGCGGCGAGGCCUUGAUCACCUUCCCCAAUGAAGACAUCGCCCGGCGUGCCGUAGCUGAGCGCUCAAACCAUCCUUUCUAUGGCCAGCAGAUCCACUUGGUUUUCUGUAACUGACCACCAGCCUUCUGUCUUCCUCCACCGUCGCCAUGAGAAAUGGCUCCAAACUCCAGCUCCUCUACCGAACCCCUUCCCUCUCCGAAUCUGCAUUUCCGACCUCACACCUCCCCGCUGGUCCUGACACUCCCGAGCCUGCUGCUGGACCCGGGGCGUCCGCAGAUAAAUGUGUAAAAGCGCAUGACUUAUUAACGUUCCAUCUGCUGGUGGGGAGGAAACGGUGCGAAGCCUGGACCGGACCAUGCAGCCGCUCUGCAAAGCCAAACCGGCAGAUUAAUGUGUUCUCUUUGAAACUGUACAGACCUGUGUCCUGAAAUGCUUGAGGCUGUAUAUACAUUUAUACACAGUUCGUCUGUAUAUUUCUGAAAUGCUACUCUUUAACCACCUACAGAAUUUAGACCUUUGUGUGUUUUGAACAUUUUUUUUUUUUUUUUUUUUUUUGUUAGCUCAAUGCAAAAGAAAACGUGUGGAAGCUUAUUGUUAAGCCUCCUGCAGUUUAGUUAUCAAAAAGACAUAAGCCAUAACCACUACUUUCUCCUGCUGAAACAACAAAGGUAAUCAGUAUGCUAAAACUGUCAUGAUUUAAAAUGUAGCUAGAAAGCGACUUUGAGCUUCAGGGACUAUUAGUUUAUACCUCUAUAUAGAACAUCUGUGUCAGUGUAGGAAUUAACCUGUGGCUGUUUAUUUGUUUUAAAAGCAUUUAUUUUCUGACAACUAGCAUGUCUCUACCCUUUGAGCAUUUUCUAAGCACUACAGAUUUUUAUCAUUUUUUUGGUUUGCUCCCGUCGCAGAGGCAUUACGCUGUGCAUCUUUAACAGUUUGGCGAUGGACUAAUUAUAGUUUUAUUGAUGCAACUUAUUUACAAAAGCUGACAUUUAGUUGUUAAACGUAGCAUGACACAGGCUUUGUUCCUAGCAAUCUUUUUAUGUAAUGAUCGACCCACAGCAGCUGCUGUUUGCUUCCAGACUACAGCACCCAGUCUGCAUCAUAAGUUCAUUCCUGUGAACCACCAGAGUGCCAUAUAAAGCUGCAGGAUGUUUUGUUUCUCUUUAUUUUUCCUUUUUUUUCUCCCCAUGAGACGCCUGCUGACUGUCUUAGUUGUUCCUCUUUACCAAAACUACAUUACCCAGAGUGCAAUACUGGCCCAUAGGAGGCAUGAGUUGGCCUCUGGUGGCAGAUGAGAUGUUUGUUUGUUUUUUGACUUCAGGAUGCAUGCAUUUAGGUCUGUGUAUAGAAUGUAAACAAUAAAAAUGUCAACAAAUA